UCUCUUGUUACCAGGGCAGCCAGUCUUUAGAAAGUGACUGUCCCUGUUUCCUGUGGGAUCUUAUGCAGGGCUCUCUGUCCUCCUGUGCACAUGCCUGUGUACUAUUCCAUGCCUCUCAGGGGCAGAGCCAAGCUGUAGCCCAUUGAGAGGAGGCCACCCACCAGCCCCAGAUGGCACUAACUUAGUCCCUGCCCUUCCUGGCUGGAUGACCUUGGGCAAGGUGCUGAAGCUCUCUGAGCCUUAUCUCCCUCUGUAAAAUGUGGGCAGGAACACCGCAUGCCUCACUGACUGGCAAUAGGGAUUAAACACUGAUACUGAAACAGGACUUGGCCCCCAACAGCAAUAAGUACAUGUUAACACGACAGGCACCCAGGAAGCCCCAUAUCACUUUGCUCUCCCAGAAACCACCUGUCUCCCUCCAUACCUCUAUCCCCUCCCUGUCCAGGGCACCUUAGGACACGGCUGCCAGGCGAGGAGGAGCAGUAGCAUGGCGGACACAGGGCUGAAUUUGGCCCUUGCGUCGGGCAGUCGGCUGAGUCAGAUCCCCAAAUUGCAUCUUCAUCCGUGCUCGCAUUUCAGAAGGUCGUUUGCAACGCCCCACCACCUCCAGUUCUUUGGCCCACUCCUCCACCCCCUCCAGCCUGUACCUAGCCCCCACCCCACCAUCCUCUGUAGGGACCUCCUUUCAAGAGGAUUGUGGAAGGGGCGCCUGGGUUUUCCUCAUCCCCCAUAGGGAACAGGGUCUGAGGAUACCACUUGUGUCCUAGUGGAAGCUCCCAGCCCCGCCUGCCUCUGAUGGCACUUCACGUGGCAGGCAUGGGCUCUCUCUCCAGGGGAGAGUGACACCCAAGCCACUCUAUGUGUUUGUCAGGAUGGAGAGAGAUCAGGGGCAAGGUCAGCCUUAGAAACCGGCUGAUGUGAUAUCUGGGAGAGGGUGGGAAACACAUGUUCUAAAACUCAUGAGCUCACUGGGCCAUAGAAGGAAGUUCUCUUGCGUUCCUACUUCCUGCCAGCACCGGCAUUUGGGGACACAUGGUGAGUAGGAUUGAUGCGGUCUGGGGGGCCUCUGGACAAGAGUACUGGUGGUCCUGUGGUGCAUGCAGAGGACAGGCCAGCCAGGCCCACUUUCCACCAGCAUGGCUCCUCUGGGUGUGUCCUGAGGUGACAGUUUCCAUGUCUGUCACCUGCAGAUCAUGGUUUCAGGAUUGGGGAAUGUUCUGUCUUUGCAUAAAGCCCCCCUCCCACAGGCCUGGCAUGUGAGUGUCCUAGUGCCUCCCAGUCUGGUCUUUUUAGAGGGGACAGUAUUUGGCCCACUGCUGCCACUGCCUGGCUUGUUGGGAGAGUCUCAAGAGACAACCCAGUCUGAAACCCUCCCUGUGAGGUAAUGAUCCCUUCACACGAGGUGCCUUGGUGUCCUCAAUGUAAAACCUGUCAAAUCCCAGGCCCCCCUUCUUGGGGGUUCAGAAGAUUAAGGAGAAUAUCUGUGUGAAGGAUGGAGCCUAACACACAGUAGUUGCUUAAUAAAGGUCGCCUGGGGCUGACAGCAGAGGCUACAUGUGGGGUGACAUGGCAGGUUGGGCCUGGGGCUGCCAGACAGGGCAGGGAAGGUUCUGGCUAAUCAGGACCCAGGAGACUGGACGCUAGACACCCUCAUCAGAUGAGUGUCAUUGUGGAUGGCGUGGUAAGGAGCCAUCAGAGUUCCUGUUCUCACAUCGAUGUGCAGGGGCAGAAUCCAGGAUGUUUGCUUCUCCAUAACUUGGCAGGGAAUCUGAGGCUGGCUGAGGUCAUGGGCUGGGCCUAACCCUACAGAAUCAAUUCUCGAAUCUUAGAAUUAAAGCAUGUGUCACCAUUGCUGGCCAUGAAAUCUGUUUGGAGAUCAUGGACCCUCACCCUCCCGCCCCUGUGGGAAGAGCUCCAGGUCUCUAUAGCACAGCCUUGGUCCCUGAUGACCCCCAUGCUACACCUUGCACCUGCCUAGGUGUGUUCAGGGAGAAACAAAAGCCUCAGUAGAGUGAGGCUAACUUCUCUAGGAGCCUGAAGGUCAGGAGAUGAGAACCACCCCCCAGCCCCUCUCUAAUCUUCUCACAUGAGCCUAGCAGAUCCCCCACUCAGGCCAUUUAGAAGUAUUUAUUAGGUGCAGAUUGUGUGCUAGGUACUUGGAGAUAAGUAAAAUCAGUGGCCAAAGGCUCAAUAUGAGGGUAUUCCAGGCAGAGGGCACAGUGCAUGCAAAGACCCUGGGGCAGGACUAAGCACGCUGGGAUCUAGUCAUGGGAGGCCAUUGUGACUGAAAGGGAGAGUGGGCUGGGAACUGGACUGAGGGCCUUCUGACUGCGGUGAGGCAUUUGACAUUCGUGCAAAGGCACUGGGGAGCCAUGGGAGGCUUUUGAGCAGGGGAGGGACAGAGGCUGACUUGGAUGUUUCUGGAACAGCAAACUCAUGUGUCAGCCACUCUGUGUUCAUGGCCUCCCAAGCAUCAGGAUGUUUUGGGCGGUGGCAAUGGUGCCUCUCUCUCUGGUCAGUCAGGGAGGCCCUGCUGUAACUGUGCCCCUCUGUGCCCUGCAGGUCAGCAAGGGAGCCCAGCCACUGAGCCAUGCCGGGCCCCAGGUGGCCUGCAGCAAGCCCAACCCCGGCACCCACAUAAUCAUGAACAGCCACAGCCACAGCCACAGCCACAAUGGCUGCGGGGGACGGCCACUGGGUAGUGGGCCGGGUACCCUGGGCCGUGACCCAUUGGACCCUGAGGCCGGCCGGCCCCCGCAGCCGCCACAUGGCCCUGGCCUCCAGGUCGUGGUAGCCAAGAGUGAACCGGCCCAACUGGCAGCCAGCAGCCCCCCAGGGCAGCCGCAGGACCAGGAGGAGGAGGAUGACGAUGAGGAAGAAGAGGAUGAGGAUGAGGAGGCAGGUGGGCAGAGGGGCUCAGGAAAGUCUUCAAACGUGGGCCACCGCCUGGGCCACCGGCGGGUGCUCUUCGAGAAGCGGAAGAGGCUCAGUGACUACGCCCUCAUCUUUGGCAUGUUCGGCAUUGUUGUCAUGGUGACCGAGACGGAGCUGUCCUGGGGCGUCUACACCAAGGAGUCCCUGUACUCAUUUGCACUCAAAUGCCUCAUCAGUCUCUCCACAGCCAUCCUGUUGGGACUGGUCAUCCUUUACCAUGCCCGGGAGAUCCAGCUGUUCAUGGUGGACAAUGGGGCAGAUGACUGGCGCAUCGCCAUGACUUGCGAGCGCGUCUUCCUUAUUUCCCUGGAGCUGGCCGUGUGUGCCAUCCACCCGGUGCCCGGACACUACCGCUUCACAUGGACAGCACGACUGGCCUUCACAUACACGCCGUCGGCGGCCGAGGCCGAUGUGGACGUGCUACUGUCCGUGCCCAUGUUCCUGCGUCUCUACCUGCUGGGCCGCGUCAUGCUUCUACACAGCAAGAUCUUCACAGAUGCCUCCAGCCGCAGCAUCGGCGCCCUCAACAAGAUCACCUUCAACACUCGCUUCGUCAUGAAGACGCUCAUGACCAUCUGCCCAGGCACCGUGCUGCUGGUCUUCAGCAUCUCCUCCUGGAUCAUUGCCGCCUGGACUGUGCGUGUCUGCGAGAGGUACCACGACAAGCAGGAAGUGACCAGCAACUUUCUGGGGGCCAUGUGGCUAAUCUCCAUCACCUUCCUGUCCAUUGGCUACGGUGACAUGGUACCACACACAUACUGUGGGAAGGGCGUGUGCCUGCUCACCGGCAUCAUGGGGGCUGGCUGCACGGCGCUUGUGGUAGCUGUGGUGGCCCGGAAGCUGGAGCUCACUAAGGCCGAGAAGCAUGUGCACAACUUCAUGAUGGACACUCAGCUCACCAAGCGGGUAAAAAACGCCGCUGCUAAUGUUCUCAGGGAGACGUGGCUCAUCUACAAACAUACCAGGCUGGUGAAAAAGCCAGACCAAGCCCGGGUUCGGAAACACCAGCGUAAGUUCCUCCAAGCCAUCCAUCAACCCAGAAUGUCAUGUACGACCUCAUGUCCGAGCUGCACGCCCAGCACGAGGAACUUGAGGCUCGCCUGGCUGCCCUGGAAAGCCGACUGGAUGCACUGGGUGCCUCUCUGCAGGCCCUGCCCAGCCUCAUUGCCCAAGCCAUACGCCCACCCCCACCACCCCUGCCUCCCCGGCCUGUGCUUGGGCCCCCAGACCAGGCAGCCCGGAGCCCCCCAUGCCGGUGGCUGCCCGUGGCCCCUUCGAACUGCGGGUGACGGCCCUGCCCGCCACCAGACUCCUCAAUCUUGGCCAUCGUGUGGCCGCCACCUCCACGCCACCCAGGAAGCCCUGUACAGUGGCGCUUCUUGGGGUUCAAGAAGCCAAAGCUGAGUUGGGCUGAUUGUGCUGGGGCCUGCCCCACCCAGACUGUCCAUGCAGAGGGCAGGGGCGGGUUGCCACUUGUUUCCUCCUUGGGUGGAGCCAGGGGAGCCCGGAGCUGCCUCUGGUCCCCCGGCCCCAUGUCUCUCCCCAGGCCCCCGGUGGGCACAGAGCAGCCGGGGGAGGGGUCCUUGCCAGUUCUGAAUAAAGCAGGACCCACCAGUUGCUGUG